CCCCGCCCUCUUUCUCUUUCCUUGGCCUCUUUCCGGCGGCGGCCGCGGCGGAUUGUGCAGACAUGGCCAAGAUUAAGGCUCGAGACCUUCGCGGCAAGAAGAAAGAGGAGCUGCUUAAACAGCUGGAAGACCUGAAGGUGGAGCUGUCCCAGCUGCGCGUCGCCAAAGUGACAGGCGGCGCGGCUUCCAAGCUCUCCAAGAUCCGAGUUGUUCGCAAAUCCAUCGCCCGUGUUCUCACAGUCAUCAACCAGACGCAGAAAGAGAACCUCAGGAAAUUCUACAAGGGUAAGAAGUACAAGCCCCUGGAUCUGCGACCCAAGAAGACACGUGCCAUGCGCCGCCGGCUGAACAAGCACGAGGAGAACCUGAAGACCAAGAAGCAGCAGCGGAAGGAGCGGCUGUACCCGCUGCGGAAGUAUGCAGUCAAAGCCUGAGCACUGGCGUCAAUAAAACACAGACAAACUGG